UCUUUUAAUUUUGCCAUAUAAUCAUAAAAUCACCCAAAUAACUCCAAAAAAAAAGGCACUUAUGCUCUGUUUUUCAAUGUGUUAAAUCCCCUGUUUUUAAGAAGAAAAAAUUGAAUCCCCUGUUUAUAGAGGUCAGAAACUCCAGUCCACAUUUCAAGAUUUGCUCUAUAUAAACACAAAAUUCGCCAAGAAAUAACUCAAAAUCAAAAGAAAAAUGGCAGAAGAAGAUUGGGGUGAUAUUUUCACAAAUCUUCGAAUGAGUGCAUGUCGAGGACGUCUUCAACUAUUCGCCAGGCAAUUUUUUGCAGAAAAAAAAAUUGAUAUUGGAGAAGAUAACGAAGAUUACGUCGAAAACAUGCUUAAAGAAGAAGAGAAAAUCGCCAUUGCUGGACUCACUAACACACUUCCAUUAAGAACACUCAGCCUUCCAUGGCUUCCUAAAGCUCGCCGUACUGCAAUCUACAACAUUGUUUUCUUUGGAGGAAGUCUUGGAGUCAGAAAAAUCACAAUUUACGCAGCAGUAAUUUACGUUGAUAGGUUUCUUUCGUUAGUGCCAAAAAAACGAAAAAUAUUGCGGAUUGCGGUGUUACUUGCAUAUGCAUGUUUAUAUUUGGCUUUUGAGGAACAUGAAGAUUAUAGAGGAUUAUUAGUAUCUGUGGACAGUCGAAGUUAUACAGAAAGCAUAAUGAAUUUAAAGUCCAGUGUGGUUACACAAUUUGGAGGGAUAGUGAAUUUUGUUACUCCAAUUCAGUUUAUCAAAUUUUUCUUGUCAAAGUUAUGUAAAGAUUUUUCAAGAAAAGAGUAUGCAAGAAUCAAGACUGUUGAAGUCAUCAUGAGUACAAUUGGAGAUGUGAGGUUAAUGAGUGUUAGAGCAUUUGUAGUAGGAGCAGCAGCAACAUUAUUAGCAUCAAAUCCAAAUAUAUUGACACAUGAAAUGAUAAAGGAGGAGAUUAAUGCCUUGCCUAAAAAAUGGAUGAUUCCAAUUGAUGAGAUGUGCUCUUGCUAUGAUCGUUUGCUGGAGACCAAUAGGCACAGACUUGACAUAAGUUGAUAAUUUGGACUGUAAUUUGUUGUUUUAUGUAAUAUUUUGGACACAAACGGAAAUAUUAUGACAUAGUUACUAUUUUGGACUGUAUAUUGUGUAAUACUCUCUAAGUUAAUUCACAUGUUAUUGUUAUUGUU